GUGGGCGGUACCUGUGCUCUCCUGUUAUUUGGCGGGUAUAUAAGGCCGGUGUUCGCUCUUUUCGUCACUCUGCAGCAGGACACGAGUGAGGCACAGGGCAAAAACAUCUCAGCAAAAUGGUGAAGAUUGGUAUUAACGGUUUUGGUCGCAUUGGCCGUCUGGUGGUUCGUGCCUCCAUCGCGUCUGGGAAGGUCCAGGUUGUGGCCAUCAAUGACCCAUUCAUUGAUCUGGAAUACAUGGUUUACAUGUUUAAAUAUGACUCCACACACGGACGCUUCAAGGGCACCGUGAAAGCUGAGAACGGCAAGCUUGUUGUGAAUGACCAGGUUAUCACCGUCUUCCAAGAGAGAGACCCCAGCAACAUUAAAUGGGGUGAUGCUGGAGCUGAUUAUGUGGUGGAGUCUACUGGUGUCUUCACAACCAUUGAGAAGGCAUCUCUUCACUUGAAAGGUGGCGCCAAACGUGUUAUCAUCUCAGCUCCGUCUGCUGACGCUCCCAUGUUUGUCGUUGGUGUGAACCACGAGAAGUACGAUAAGUCCCUGAAGGUUGUCAGCAAUGCCUCCUGCACCACCAACUGCCUCGCUCCCCUCGCUAAAGUCAUCAACGACAACUUCCAUAUUGUGGAAGCACUGAUGACCACUGUCCACGCUUUCACAGCCACCCAAAAAACCGUUGAUGGACCAUCUGGCAAACUGUGGCGUGACGGCAGAGGCGCCGGCCAGAACAUCAUCCCAGCAUCUACCGGUGCAGCAAAGGCUGUCGGGAAAGUUAUCCCAGAACUGAAUGGGAAACUGACUGGAAUGGCUUUCCGUGUCCCCACUCCAAAUGUAUCUGUGGUGGAUCUGACUUGCCGCCUGGAGAAGCCGGCCAAGUAUGAUGACAUCAAGGCUGUGGUGAAGGCAGCUUCUGAAGGUCCUCUUAAGGGAAUCCUGGGUUACACAGAUGAACAGGUCGUCUCUAGCGACUUCAACGGAGAUACCCGCUCAUCCAUCUUUGAUGCAGGCGCUGGAAUCGCUCUGAACGAUCACUUUGUGAAACUAGUGGCCUGGUAUGACAACGAAUUCGGCUACAGCAACCGUGUGGUGGAUCUCAUCGUUCACAUGGCAUCUAAAGAGUAAACUGGCCUGUUGGUGGUUAACCCUUCUCCUGUCACCUAGUGAUCGUCUCACUGUAGGGGCCCAGAGUCGCCCUCACUAGCUGUCUGUGUCCGUUUCUGCGUAAUAAAAGUUGAAAGAAACUAAAA